UGCGCCUCUCUCACGCUGUGGAGCUGACUCCCCAGCCCUGCUCCGAUCUACAGCUCAAAGGGGUAGCGGAGUGUGCGCAACAUGCGGCCGGCUCCUCUAUUCCCCCCAGCCUCCUGACUGGGAUGCACGGCGUGAGGAGGAGGAGGAGGAGGAGGAGAGCCUGGAGCUGCUUUCCCUGCUAUGAUGCCAGGGCAGAUUCCAGAUCCAUCCCUGACAGCUGGCGCUCUGCCAGGGCUUGGCCCUUUGACGGGACUCCCUGGCACCACCCUGACGGUGGAAGAGCUGAAGUACGCUGACAUCCGCAACAUUGGGGCCAUGAUCUCGCCACUGCAUUUCCUGGAGGUAAAACUUGGAAAAAGGUCCCAGCCUGUGAAAAGUGAGCUGGACGAGGAAGAGGAGAGGAGGAAAAGGCGCCGUGAGAAAAACAAAGUAGCAGCAGCUCGAUGUCGCAACAAGAAGAAGGAAAGGACAGAGUUUCUGCAGCGGGAGUCUGAACGCCUGGAGCUCAUGAAUGCUGAGCUGAGAGAGGAAUGGAAGCAGGAGAGGCAGCAGCUGAUUCUGAUGCUGAACAGACACCGUCCCACUUGCAUUGUGCGGACAGACAGCAUCAAGACACCAGAGAGUGAAGCCAACCCACUGCUUGAACAACUAGAGAAAAAGUGAAGGUGGCACUAGCCAGGAAAAGGAGGAGACAACAAAUCAGGGUCUCCAAAAACCUCACUUAUGUACUGUAUGAAGAACUGUGCACCAAGGCCUUGUCCAGCCAGAACCCAGCAGGCUUCCUUGGGGAUUACAGGCCAACCAAAUAAGGGGAAGGAGAACAUCAGGAAUCUACCAUUCAUUCCAUUCUGAAGCUGAACCUGGAAUGGGUCUAGCAGCUUUGGUGAGGGCAACCCUUUGCAGUACAUCUUCAUGGCCCUUCAACCUGCUCACCAGCCGUAGGGAUCAAGCAAGCAGCCCAUUGCAGGGCAUUCUGAAGCUGGAUCACAUUGAGAUACAGGGAAGGGAAAUUGCAGCUUCUUCUCUUCCCACAUGUACUGGUAUGCACCUAGCUGGGAGUGGGGGCUUGACCCAGGAGAAAUGAACACGUGGAAAAUGGAUGACAGGCCAAGACAUGCUGGCUGUAUCUCCCAGGUCUGUCCUAUUUCCGUCCCUCUGGAUCCUGCCACUGCUCCUUGCGCACACUCCGGAAUGGAAUCCGAAACAAAGAAUUGCAAACACUUGACACAAGCCCUGCCUUGCAGCGGGGCCUGUCCAUGGCACUGUGGCGCAGGCGCCCCACAAGCACACUCAGUAAAAUGUUUACAGCCCAGCUGUCCCUCUCGGCCGUGCUUUUGAAUGCACAUUUUUACACUUUUUUAUAUUUUUUACAAAGUUUUUAUACAGCAGUCUCUAUAUGGAUUUAUAUAAUCACUAGACGUGAUCCCAUAGAAAUGUAUGUUAUAAUGGUUUGUUUGUUACAAACGCAUAUGCCACAGUUAUCUCAUUGUGUUACUUGUUAGAUGGCAUCUGGCUACUUUCCCCUAGGCAUGCUGGGAAAGAGGCCCAUGCAGCCCUCCACAUUGGCUCCACUGCCAUCUCCAUCGAUGUAUGUCCUCGUAAUACGCAGUCCUGUAUCUCUCAGUAAAUGUUACUUUGACUUA